AGGCGGCGGCGGCGGCGGUGGCGGCGGCGGCGAUGCAGCCAGCGCAGCGGCAGCCGGGGCCAGGAACGGCCGCCCGGAGCUCGGAGGACGCGGAGCGCGCCGCGCCCGGGCUACUGACUGAGGGUCUUCUAGUGACCGGCUCCUCUCCAGCUGGUGCCUGGGAAAUGGCAGCUGCUGCUCAUCCAGCCCUGAAGAGUGUCACUUGUCCGCUUAGCACCAUUACUUAGAAGAUAGAGUUCAAGAGGAGCUCUCCCACCUGGAGGCAGCCGGGGGGCGGGUCAGGGCCCCCCCAACCCCGGAAUGACCGCGGCCAGCCGGGCCAACCCCUACAGCAUCGUGUCGUCGGAGGAGGACGGUCUGCACCUGGUCACCAUGUCGGGCGCCAAUGGCUUCGGCAACGGCAAGGUCCACACGCGGCGCCGGUGCCGCAACCGCUUUGUCAAGAAGAACGGCCAGUGCAACAUUGAGUUCGCCAACAUGGACGAGAAGUCGCAGCGCUACCUGGCGGACAUGUUCACCACCUGCGUGGACAUCCGCUGGCGCUACAUGCUCCUCAUCUUCUCGCUGGCCUUCCUGGCUUCCUGGCUGCUCUUUGGCGUCAUCUUCUGGGUCAUCGCCGUGGCCCACGGCGACCUGGAGCCGGCCGAGGGCCGUGGGCGCACCCCGUGCGUGCUGCAGGUGCACGGCUUCAUGGCGGCCUUCCUCUUCUCCAUCGAGACGCAGACCACCAUCGGCUAUGGGCUGCGCUGUGUGACUGAGGAGUGCCCCGUGGCCGUCUUCAUGGUGGUGGCCCAGUCCAUCGUGGGCUGCAUCAUCGACUCCUUCAUGAUCGGCGCCAUCAUGGCCAAGAUGGCACGUCCCAAGAAGCGGGCGCAGACGCUGCUGUUCAGCCACAAUGCCGUGGUGGCUCUGCGCGACGGCAAGCUCUGCCUCAUGUGGCGGGUGGGCAACCUGCGCAAGAGUCACAUCGUGGAGGCCCACGUGCGGGCGCAGCUCAUUAAGCCCAGGGUCACAGAGGAGGGUGAGUACAUCCCGCUGGAUCAGAUUGACAUCGAUGUGGGCUUCGACAAGGGCCUGGACCGUAUCUUCCUGGUGUCACCCAUCACCAUCCUGCACGAGAUCGACGAGGCCAGCCCGCUGUUCGGCAUCAGCCGGCAGGACUUGGAGACCGACGACUUUGAGAUCGUGGUCAUUCUGGAGGGCAUGGUGGAGGCCACGGCCAUGACCACGCAGGCCCGCAGCUCCUACCUGGCCAACGAGAUCCUGUGGGGCCACCGCUUUGAGCCAGUGCUCUUUGAGGAGAAGAAUCAGUAUAAGAUUGACUACUCCCACUUCCAUAAGACCUACGAGGUGCCCUCCACACCCCGCUGUAGUGCCAAGGAGCUGGUGGAGAACAAGUUCCUCUUGCCCAGCGCCAACUCCUUCUGCUAUGAGAAUGAGCUGGCCUUCCUGAGCCGGGAUGAGGAGGACGAGGCGGACGGAGACCAGGAUGGCCGCAGUCGAGAUGGCCUCAGCCCCCAGCCCCGGCAUGACUUUGACAGGCUCCAGCCCGGCGGUGGUGGUGCCCUUGAACAGCGGCCGUACAGAAGGGAGUCAGAGAUCUGAGCCACUUUGGGCCUAGGUGCAGCACCCACCCACCCCGCCAGGGAGAGGCCUGGCGUCCUUGGAGGGCUCUGGGUUUUGAGCAGAAUGGGCCAGGUGCCCCGGGUUGCAGACUCAGUAGUGUUUUAGUUGUUUUAUGUUUCUUCGCAAUAGUCUUGGAAGGUUGGCGGGAGAGUGGGCGGCCAGAUUGGGCAGCCCCCAGCCUCAGAGGCUGACCAGGCACAGACAGGGCAGGGAGGUGGUCUCCUGCGGUGGGGGGUGGGGAGGGCCCGGCCAUAAGAGCCAGGUCCUCUGCCUGAAGAUGGAGCUGGGUAGCCUGCCUAGAAGUGGCUCAGCAGUGGGCCCCGCCUCUGUGGUCAAAGGCCGGCAGGCUGCAGUGCACCUUGCUGGUUUUUAACUUGGGGAGAAACACCGGAUUUUGGCUUUCUCGAUCUUAGCUUGAGUAAGACUGUUUACAAAACAAAAACAAAAAGAAAAACCAUCAACAUGCAAUUGAAACAAAAUUCUUUUUUUUUUUUUUUUAAAUUUGUGGGGAGGGGAAGAGGACAAUUGGAAUCCCAUUGGCCUGCCAGGAUGCAGGUGGUUGGAUGGAAGCUCUAGAAGGUUCCCCAAGGUUGGACUGGCCUCUCCCUGUGUUUGGUGGUGGUGGUGGGGGGAGGCCCAAGCAAGCACAGUACUCCAGGCUCAGUCUAUAGUGCUUAGGGGUGAAUUCAGGUCAUGUUUGUGAUAGAAGAACCAUGUUAAUCAUCACAAUAAAAGCUUUCAAAUGUCA